AUGCCGUAGUAAAACUACUAUAUUAUACAAAUUAAGAUUAGGAACAGUGGAAAGCUCAACUCCAACAAUAGGAUAUAAUUUAGAAUAAAUAUCAAGAGCAGAUAAUUAAGAAACCUUUGGAAACAUUACAUGAAGAAUAGUAAAGGAAUAAUUUAUAUUAUUGAUUGUUCUGAUAAAGAACGAAUGGAUGAGACGAAGUCCGAAUUAUAUCGAAUGUUGCUUAACCCUUUAAUGCUUGGAUAACCCCAUUUAAUAUAUUCAAAUAAAUAAGACUUAGUAAAAAUGAAAUCAGAAGAAUUAGAAGUUGAAUUAAAUAUAAACAAAAUUUGUAAAAAUUGGCAUAUAUAACCAAGUAGCUCAAUUACUGGUGAAGGACUUUAAGAAGGAUUGAACUGGAUUUAAGAAUAACUAUAAUUAUAGCUAAAAUGA